AUGGGGACAGAGACACUACGGAGCCCGACGGUACUCAGAGAUCACGUUUUUGUUUCUGCUGGAAGUACAACGACCCCAAGAAAGCGCCCACCAACGAGCGCAUCAACCAGUCAGGACAGGGCGGGUCAUCACGUGCAGCCAGCACUAACAGAGUUACUGAUCCUGGUACUGGUACUUCACCUGAUAACAGUGCUUUGGCGAGAUGAUAACACUCAAUGCGGGUGGCCCAGAUUCUACAAACUGCACGUGUCUGGAAAUUUGUUUCUGGGCCAGAGGCUGGACCAUCAGCCCCACGAGGUGUUCCAGAGGAGGACGGACGGCUCGGUGAACUUCUACAGACCCUGGAGUCAAUACAAGAUGGGCUUUGGUAACCCUGCCAGAGAGUACUGGCUCGGCCUCGAGAGGCUCUUCCACCUCACUCUGAGGAAAAGGUACGAGCUGCUGGUCGACAUGGAGGACUUCAGUGGAAACAAGGCGUUUGCUCGUUACUCCUCGUUCUCCAUCGAUCCAGAGUCCUACGGAUACAGACUGCACGUGUCUGGAUUCAUUAACGGAGGGGCAGGAGACAGUCUGAGUGCUCACAACGGACAGAAGUUCUCCACGUUUGACAAAGACCAGGACAGCUCGUCAGGGAACUGUGCCAAAUUAUAUCUGGGUGCGUUCUGGUACAACAACUGUCACCAUGCAAACCCUAACGGGGUUUAUCGUUGGGGGGCUGAUGGGACUAUCCAUGGUGUUGGUGUGGAGUGGUCCAGAUGGAAGGGUUUUGACUACUCCCUGAAGACCAUCAGCAUGAAGAUCCGUCCUGUGCAGUAAAUCUGCAGAACUUGCAGAAUAUUAAGAAGUUCAAACUUUAUCAUUGUGUGGAUGUAAAUGAAGGAUUGGACAUGAAAAGGACUGACUGCAUCCAAACCUUCACACCAGGAAAGAAACUAGAGUGAGCAGCACAGCUCUGAACAUAAUAUUCAUCCUGAAAAUCACUUUUAUCUCAUUAAAAAU